CGUCUGAACGGGGCAGCAGAAUCGUGAGCUUGUCAGACGUGCAGCAGACAUUGUCAGCGGUGGUUGAGAGUUGUGCAUUCAGAAAAUUUUCCAAAUCCCGUCAAAUACAAAACAGUUUUUCAAAAAUGGUGUCUGCCGUUAAAUGUGGUUUGGCCUUGGCCGUUAUGAUUAGCUUGGCUUGUUCAGCCUAUGCCAUCAAGUGCUACCAAUGCGAGUCGCUUACAACACCAAAAUGCGGGCUGAAAUUUGAGGAAGAUGAUACCCUUUUGAUAGAUUGCGCCAGAAUCGGACCACCGCGUUAUCUUCAGAACUUCUUCCCGCUUCGCAAUGCCACAGGCUGCAUGAAGAAGACACUCGAGUCGGUUGUCGGUCACCCCCAGAUCGUACGCAGCUGUUACUUCGGUGAUGUGUCCAACAUUCAGACCGGCUGCCAGUCGGAUCCGUCGCUGCCCUUCGUCAAGCAACUGGGCUGCGAUGUGUGCACCAAGGAUGAGUGCAACGGUUCCACUUCCAUUGCCCCCAUCGCUGGAGCCGUUCUGCUGUUCUUCGGCGUGGCCCGCAUGUUGGCCUAGAUCUCUUGUACUAUGUGGCUUUAGUUCUUAACUUUUUGUUAUAUAUAAGCAUAUUUCUCUGUAUCAACUGCAAUUUUAUUCUCAUAGCUGUGAAAUAUUCUCGUUUAAAUUUGUGCCUCUCCCAUUUGCCAUUGCAAGCAAUAAAAUAUUUAUGAAUCAUCUGUACUACAA